AUGACUAACCAAGCCCAAGAACAUAUUAGCCAACUUACUAAUCAUAAAAGAAUAAAAUUCCUAGAUAUCAGUAAUAGAGAUUUAUCUGGCACGGCUGAUCUCAAAGAAUUUACGGGUUUAAUCAAUCUAAAUUCUUCUAAUAAUAAAUUUGAAAACUUGGACUUUUUGAAUACUUUACCCAAUAAAGAGCAAUUAAAAUCUCUUAAUUUCUUUGGUAAUCAGAUAAAAGAAAUAGAUUUAGCCCAUUUAUUAAGCACUUUUCCUAAAUUGGAGUAUCUGAAUUGUGAAAAUAAUCCUUUAUCGGCGAAAAAUUUGGAUAAAAUGACUAGCGAACAGUUUGCCAAAUUAAAGUUAAUUAAAAGCGGUGAUAGUUCUCAACAGCAACAGGCUCAGCAAUUACAGGCUAUUUUACAGAGUAAUUCAAUUAAAAAUGAACAACAACCCACUAAUUCUAAACUUCCUUGA